UAACUCGAAGGUCUGCUCACCACAUUUUCUUAUCUUAUUUAAUGUGGACUGUAUUAAGAAGAUCCCUGUUUAACAAUUUCCUCUCAUCUGCACUAAGUAGCCCCGCUAUUCUCUUUUAUUAUAAAAACAUGUUCACUUAUCCGUGAACACAAAUAUUUGCGACUUAACACUACAGAAAUGUCAGUAGCACAACAAAUGUAUAUUUUAAUUUAUUUCGCAUUUUAAAACUUAAAAAAAUUUAUGUAUUUCCGUAAGUAAAACCGGAACUGGGUGGAAAAGCUUAUGUAUUGAGAGAUAAUAUUAAAAUAUAAGUUGUAGUUGAGAAUAACAUAUUAACAUUUAUCUAUUUGUUUCAAAAUCUAUGUAUUUUCAUAAGUAAAACCGAAACAGUUGUAGACUGAAAAUGUUAUGUGUUGAGAGAUACUAUUAAAAUAUAACUUCUACUUGAGAAUUACAUAUUAACAUUUGUAUUAGAAACAUUUACUGCCAUGUUAUUACAACAACGUGAAAUGUUAUGUUAUUAUAUGGUAUAUAUGUUGUUCUCUAACAGCGUGCUUGUCCAUUAAAAAUAAAUGUAGGUCGUCCGCGGGCUUAAACUUGAACAUUGAGUUACCCGCUGUAAAUAUGAAUAACACUGAGAACGUUCAGACAAAUAAGAAGACUAAAUGUACAUGAAUUGCAGUUAAAUGUAUAUCAGAUUUGAGUGCUAAGGUAACACUACCAUCACCUCCAUCAAUUGUCAAAUCAUGUGGGUUAUGUUAUUAAAAUUCGGUAUGAAGAGUUUCUAAUGGGUUCUGUCUUCUGCGACAGAAGAUUGUUGGAAUAAGCUCAAUAUUUCCUUUAGCCCUUAUAAGCGGUACCUCAUAAUAUAUUGUACGUAGGUAAUUUUAGCCACAAUUUUUGCACACCUUUCUUAUUUAGUAUUUGACACUUUAACAACCACUUAAGCAGGAAACCUGUACCGUUAUCUAUCUAUUUCACAAGCAAAAAAUUUAAGUGGACCCAAUAUUCAAUUCCUAUCCUUUUCUUUUCAUACGUUUUAUUUUCGGCCCAACAGAAUUUAUCGCGUUCUAACUUAUUAUUAUAUGAUAACAUUUCUCAACUAUACGCUUCCGCCGAUUUCAGAUUUAUUAUCCCUAAUUAGUAGUUCUAAAUUAUCAUACAUACUUCUCAAAGUUUAAUUAAAAUGCCGUGCCAAGCGUUUAAUAAAAAUGACGCUCCAAUGGUUUCAAAUACCUAUCCUAAUGCCAGGUAACUCUCCUCUCCUCUUAAACGAAGUGCUAGUACUACUCAUACAGAUAUUAACCAAUGGUUGUUUUUUGCUAACAAUUUUUAUUGGCAUCUGUAUAAUAAACGAUAAAAUCAGAGCCACAAAGUUCCAAAAAAAAUCACAUUAGUUGCAAUCAAAUGCAUAUAAAAAGCACAAUUUGUCUAUCUGAUGUGAGUGAUCAGAACAAUCGAAAACUUUGGUUUUAUCCAGUGCUAGAAUCAGUACUAUCACCUCCAUCAAUUGUCUUUCUAGUCAUGUCGGUUAGGUCUACUAAAAAAAGUUUAAGUAAGAAUCGCAUAAAUUAUAAAAGUUUGCAACGAUUUUAUCAUAUUACUUUUAUUUUAAUAAUAUAAACACAUGGACACAUACAUUUAUGCAGCUACCGGUAAAUUCCAAUGCUGAAUUCCAAUCAGCCAAAACUGGUUGGAUGUGACUAUGCACAUCAUCGGGUGGAAAAACUUAGGGUUGGCGUCUACUGAAAUCUUAUGAAUUACCACUUAAAAUCUAGUACUUAUCUAAAUAUCUACUUAAAUAAAACUUAGAUGCUAGUCAAUUAAAACCCAAAUAUAAAUUAUAUGAAUAUAACACUGAACCUAACCAAAACCUAAAUAAAAGGCUGAACUUAAAUUUAAAAAAGUAUAUAUAUUUAAUAACUUAAAGGAACAAAUGGGGUAAUGAUGUGGGAGAAUACGGUAACUAAGCACUUUUUGGGAUUGUAUUGGUCUAUGUACGGAAGACGAAGGAGAAAAACGAUUGGGUGAGUGUGAGCAACGACGGUGAUUAUAGUGAAGCCUAGUCGGAGAAACACGUGGUGAUAUGGAAAGAAUGACUGGACGUGUGGAUAUAAAUAAUUGGACAAGUUGGUGGUACGUCGGACGAUGGUAAAACCAGAGGUGAAGAACCGGGAUGGAGUUGCAAGACAUAUGGUGAUUUGCCUGGAGCUUUGGAGUCUAGAGGUGUCCGUUUAUGAAGCCUUCGCAAAACUGCGAAAGGGGUUUUUAAGAUUGCCUUCCUCCCAAGAUUUUAUUGUGGUCGUAAAGACCUGGACGGGUGAACACGAGAUGGGACCUGAAAGAAUCCAACCGAAAAUGGUAUUUUGCGCCAAAAGAGAACCUAAGAUAUUUCAUUGUACCCUGGGCAAGAGAAUACGAGGAUACAAAUCCGUACCAAACAAUAUAUCUACGGAGCGCAAUCAAAGGGUCUGCUAAACAUAUGUUAGUUAAACCAUUUGACACAAAAGAGUCGACGGAAAAGAAUGGGAGAUUACUAGAAAUAGUAGGCAGAACAAUAGCUUCUGUGUUCAAUGUAAUGGAGGAAUCGAAACGAGAGUGGAUACUAACACGAAACAUUUUUCUGCACGUUAACGCGGAUGAACUAUUUACACCAGAAAUGGUCUCGAUGUUGGAUCGAGGAGGUAGUUGUUAUCUGCGCUGAAGGUUUUCUGUAAUAAUGGUAGCCUCGGAAGCGGGGUCUAUGAGAGCUCUAAUAGAAUAAUAACUGUAUUGAUGAACGAGAUUUAUCAUGGCGGUGCUGAAAAUAACCUUAGCAUUAUGGGUUGUUUGAUAAACCUGAGGAUUUACUACAGUAGAAUUUGCACUAGUGGACGUAGAAGCAUCGUUACCUAAAUUAGGGACCGAUUGGGUACAAGGGGUUGGAUUGUAGGUUUGAAGAGCUAGGGUUGAACACUACACUACGGGUAGGAGUCGUUCUAAUUGACCUAUGUAUCAGUGUGUGAUGCCUUUCACCGCAUAGGUAGCAGUUGUGGGUGCUGGGACACUUCCAAAUCGAAUGGCCUCUAAACGAUCUAUAGAGCCCUACAGCGAUGUGUCAUUACAUUUUUUUGGUUCCUGGAAAAUUAUAAAAUCAAAUAAAUAAUUUAUGUAAGUAGUCCUAUUUGUCUUGUUUUGUUGCUGAAAAUAAAGCUUGUGCCUUGGCCAUCGGACGUUAUUGGAGUAGUCUAUUUUGGAUCCAUAUCUGUUAAGAUAAAUACGCGAGCAGGAAGAAGAAGAAUAAAAAAUAAAAAGAAUUGCCGCGCAUUGCUGUUGCAUCGAAGGCUGUUCUUAUGCUGAGACUUACAAAUUGGUUGGCGUUUUUGGUUCCUGUGUUUGUGUGCUUUUGUUUGUAAACAAUAGAAGUGAUCUGGUGGAGUUGCUGUAUGUGCUUUGCUCCUGUGUUUGCUGUGUUUAAUGAUCUCUGUACAAUAAGUCUUUACUGUGCUUGUUGUUGUAAACUGUUGUGGUACCUGUAUCUUUGGUCAUGCCCGCUGAGACAAGAACGUAUACAUGCCGGCUGUGGUAUUUGUGGAAUGUUUUUCCACAUAAAAUGUGUCGAUGUGUCAAGAGAGCAGCAUAGUUUUUUGUACAAACAUAGGAAGUCACUGAUGUUCUUGUUUAAGUGUCCUACGUGUAUUAAGAAGUGUGACGACGAAAGUCAUUUCAUUUGUUUUCGUCCCCACUUUGUUGUUGAAUUUUAAAAUUUAUUUGUGUAAAGAAAGAGUUGUUAUAUAAAUAUGAAUUUCCAAAAAAAAAUCACCGUCCUUUUAUUUCCAAAACUUAACCAACCCCCCUCAUAGUUAUUUACAUCAACUUCUUGUUUGGCAUUGAUUUUAACACUGGACAGUUAGGUUCAAUGACCAUCAUAGUCAAGGCCACGCAGUAGCAGCAAGAAAUAUUGUUAGAUCACACAACUGCAAUGCCAAUGCAUUAAACCAAUGCAUAGGCAGCCAACAACAAGCAAGCAUCACAACGAUCGAUUCAACCAAAGCAUUGCGCCAAUGCAUAAACACACAACAACAAGCAAGCAUGGCACAAUGCAUAAACGCACAACAACAAACAAGACACACUGGGCAUUGAUGUUAAUGCAUGGUAGUGGAGACCGGGCAACAUAGGCAUAGCAUAACAACAAAGACCAUGCAUGACAGUGAACCAUCGUUCGAUGAUGGCAAAGCGAAGGCAUCAAAGACAAAAUUUAUAACUGUUUCGUGUGACAACAAAAAGGCUUUUGCAUAGAAGGUCUAAGAUCACGUGACAUGCUGCGAGGCUAUAAAAAGGAAAAAUCCUAUUAGAAGUUCUUUCAGUUUGUGAAGUGAACUACAGCGAAGAAGACAGAUUCCCAAAAAUUAAUAAUGGACCAACCUACCCAACCAUUACGUACAAAGGCUUUUUACAAGCAUCAAUACCAGCUUGUGGAAUCCCUUAAACCCUGCUCCGUUGUGCUCACGAGGUUGGAAGAGAAGGAAACGCAUGCACUGCGGAACAAGAACGCAGGGUCCAGUCCUACCCCUAAGCCAUCUAAAAGGGCCAACACCACCAAGCCCAAAAAGAGUAGGCUCCCCAGCCAAAAGAAGAUGCGGCGUGAUGUACCAUCCUCAUCACCGGUAGUAGUCGAGACUAUCGUCAUCUCAUCUGACGAUGAGUUACCAUCUACCCCGCCUCGAAGGCCACCUGUGGUACACGACUACCCGGUCACCCCCCCUCCUACAGUGUCACCCAUGGCAGCCGGAGACACCAUACCCGACUUACCACCGACGCCAGGUCGCACACUUUUUAUGACCAUGGAAUUUCCACCGGCGACCGUACGCAACGUAGGUUUGGAUCUGUCCCCUCGGUAUGCACCGGACUCGGAUUCGGAGACCGAAUGCUACCAACCACAUAUUAAUCGCCGGUUGGAGCAGGUGAGAAGCCCGAAACCCCCGACAGUAUCCAGUGUGGUGGUCGUACCGGUAACCUCGGAAAAAUCUGUUGAGGACAUCCAAUUUGAAUGCCGGGAAAUGCUACCAGAGGAAAUUAGGAGCGAAUUACAGCCGUGUCUACGAGAUGCUCUUCGCCGCUGGAUACUUCACCACCAACACAAGCGGGUUUUUACCAUUGGCGGGAAAAAGCUCCGGGUCCACGUCAAUCGACAAGGGAAAAUUUUUGUGCGGAUGUUGUGAAGGCAGCCGGCUCGUUUAGAGAGGGGAGGCAGUGUGACGACGAAAGUCAUUUCAUUUGUUUUCGUCCCCACUUUGUUGUUGAAUUUUAAAAUUUAUUUGUGUAAAGAAAGAGUUGUUAUAUAAAUAUGAAUUUCCAAAAAAAAAUCACCGUCCUUUUAUUUCCAAAACUUAA